AUAUGUGUUUGCAGUACUACACAUCUGUUCAAUAAGUGAUUGAUUGUUGUUGUUUCUAAUGGAGAUGAUAAUGAUGAUGACUAUUUUAUACAUUAAGAAUGUAUUUUUGUAUCAUACUUCAUGUCAGAUUAAAUAGACAGACGUAGACAGACAUGCAACACGUCACACACAUUACAUACAUAGUGCAAUAGACUUCCAGACAGACAGUAUUCACAUAGACAACCAUAUAGCACAAUACAACACAACACAAUAUGAGCCUGGUUCAUUUUCAGUAAUGAGGCCCGGUACCCCAUUUACAGUUUCUACUUCAAUGUAUCAGGUGCAGUUACUCACCAGCUAUAGAGUGAGUUGUUGUUUAUGUUUCUAAGACUGCAGGGUGGGAGAUGCAACAAUGGCCUUGAGAACAGCAGUAAGUGUGUUGGUGGUCUUUCUCUGGUCUGUAGCAGGUAUGGUCUCAUUCUUAUCUUUUAGUUGCUCUGUUUAAUAAUCUACAGACAUUUCUAAAAGGAUAAUAAUCAUAAUGUUAUUCUGGUGUGUUCUGUUUGGAGUCUCCACUUCACUUUAAAUAGUUAUCUUUCACACCUCACUGAGUGACACUUAUCUGUGGUUUCUAUUCACACUCAGCAUCUACGGCAACAAAGUACGGAAAAACUUUACUGUCAGUGUGAGUCAAUAGACCUUGGCUUAAUUCUGAUACCAUUGUGUUGUGUGACUGUGUUUCAGUGGUACUGGGUCAGAAUGGCUGGAGUGUGACUUACACCACUCAGAGUAUCUGUACCUUGAAAGGGUCAACAGUGGAGCUGUCCUGCUCUUACACAUAUCCCAGAGGUUAUACAAUCACAACAACCUUCUGGUUCACUAAAAUGUAUGCUGUGGAGAAUUAUGUGAGUCUGAGUGAUGACUCAGACUACAAAGAACGUGUGACGUAUCGUAAGGAUGAAGUAAAUGGACACACCCUGACAAUCACAGACCUGAGAGAGAGUGACUCAGCUAUGUACAUGUUCAGAUUUAAAGAUCAGACUGGAGGAUGGAGAUAUACUGGCAAUCCUGGAGUCUCUGUGUCUGUCACAGGUCUUCAGGUGAAGGUGACUGGUAGACAUCAGGAUAAGACACUGACCUGUAACACCACCUGUACUCUGACUGACAACCCCACCUAUAUCUGGUACAAGAACGGACACAAAGUAAAGGAGGACACUUCCAGCCUGUACUCAGACUACUUUAAUGAUGCAGACAGUUACUCCUGUGCUGUAAAAGGGCAUGAGGAUCUCCACUCUCCUGCAGUGUGUAAGAACUGUUGGAGUGUGACUUUCACCCCUCAGAGUAUCUGUGCCUUGAAGGGGUCAACAGUGGACAUAUCCUGCUCUUACACAUAUCCCAGUUAUCAUCAGAUCAAAACAGCUUUCUGGUUUACUAAAUGGUCCGGUAUGGAUGCUGAAGAUCUGAGCUCGGUGCCAGGGUAUGAGGGUCAUAUAGAGUACCUUGGGGAUAAGAAGAGUGACUGUACCCUGAGAAUCACAGACCUGAGAUUGAAUGACUCUGCUGGGUACAGGUUCAGAUUGAUAACAUCCGGAGAAAAGUUUGCUGGCUCACCUGUCUCCCUGACUGUCACAAAUGUUGUGUUGGAGAUGGAUCCUACAUCUGUGUCAGAGAGGGAGAAUGUCACACUGACAUGUAGAACCAAAUGUACACUGGACCCCAUCAAAGCCUACAGCUGGUAUAAGAAUGGACAGCCUAUACCAAACAGCAACACCUACUCUCCUGUCUAUAUCCUAUUCUCAGUCAGCAGUGAGGAUACAGGCAGAUACUCCUGUGCUGUAGAAGGCCAUGAGGAUCUCCCCUCUGCUGAAGAGACUCUCAGUGUCAGAUAUGGUCCAAGGAACACCUCAGUGUCAGUCAGUCCCUCUGGUGAAAUAGUGGAGGGCAGUUCAGUGACUCUGACCUGCAGCAGUGAUGCCAACCCACCUGUGGACAAAUACACGUGGUACAAGAAGAACGUAACCUCACCAAAAGCAUCAGGACAGAGUUACAGCAUCACUAACAUCAUCUCUGAGGACAGAGGAGAAUACUAUUGCGAAGCUAGCAACAUUAAAGGGACAGAGACUUCCAUCCCUGUCCAUAUUAAUGUCAUGUCAGUGUUUCCCUGGGUUCCUGUGGUGGUGGUGGGGGCUGUCCUGACUGUUGGAGCUCUUCUACUCACCAUCUACUGCUAUGUGAAGAGGAGAUCCACAGGAGGAAGUGAUGCCACAACAGACACACAGAGUGUCCAUCAGGACCCUAACAGUGACACGUACACAGGUCUGAACAUGAAGACCUGGUCACCUGACUACGACACUCUGGAAAGUGUCCAUCCUGACCCUAACAGUGACAUGUGCACAGCUAUGAAGAAGAAGACCAGGUCACCAGAGUGACACCCUGGCAGUAGAAUGUGAGGGACUCCCCCAGUGACAGAGCCCCUCAGAUUAUGAGAAAUGAAGAGAACCACCACAGAUUCGGGACUGAAGAGAACCACCACAGAUUCGGGACUGAAGAGAACCACCACAGAACCUGGACUGAAGAGAACCACCACAGAACCUGGACUGAAGAGAACCAACACAGAACCUGGACUGUGGAGAACCAUAACAGAACCUGGUCCGAAGAGAAGAGAACCACCAAUGUUUUUUCCUUGUAAUGUUAAUUGUAUAUAUUGAAGAUAAAUAGGAUGGAUUAUACUUUUACUCUUUUACAAUGGGACAUUUCCCGCCAAAAGAAUGACAUAAUGUACUUUUCUCAGCAACUAAUAUGGAUAAUAUUGAAAACAGCUUUUAAUAUUUUUCGCUCUCUGACUUUGUUGCUCCUGAUGUGUUAAUUGAUGUACUUUGUAGUGCUGUCAGUCAUUAUUGUGCCAUGGCAUUUAUGAAAAGGAAUUUCAUAAUCACGCUUGUUUGAUGAUGAAAUUAUUCAUGAUUAUGUACUUCCGAAACAGUGUGAUUCAGUGUAAAUUAUGCAUUUUGUUGUAAACGAGCUCAAAGUUUAA